AUGAUCGGAAUGGUGAAUGUUCAAUGCGACACUCCUCUUGAUUACUACGCGACCGCGCCGAUUCCAUUGAGCCGCGACUCGUCGGUGAGAAAGAGGAACGACAGCGAGUCGGCGAGUUCCAGCAAGCAUUCAGGAGCCCGUCGAACGCCGUCAUGGAGGCCAUUGUUCACCGGACAGCUAAUGAAGAAGUCAUCGAAGCCAAAAUACCUGAAAGACGGUCGAAAGGCGACCGAAGAGGGCGACGAGCCAAACAAACUCUGGGAGGAGUUGUUUCUUCGCUCGUUUGCGCAAAAAAUCGAGCAAGAGGUCUCAUCGCCGACGCCGCUCGAAGCGCACAAGAAUCUCAACAGCGAGUUGUCGAAAUUGAAAAUCCAAGACAAAUCAUUCUAUCGAUCGACGUAUUCGCUGGUGUCGCCGACGCGAGUCGAAAACACCGAUUUCGACGAAUUGGAGCGAUUCGAGGAGUCGAGUUCAGAUGACGAUGAGCCGCUCGGCGAUGAGGAGCACGUCGACAAAAAAAAUCAUCGAUCGAAUUCUUCAAUUGAACGCCCAUUGUGCACCAUGUUCAUCCCAUUCAUCAAAACCAUAAAAGGCAAUAAAAAGAAGAACAGCAAUCAAUAG